UGCUGCCCCUCCGGUGGAGCCUGGCUCUGCUGCUGUUGGCCUGGGAGGUGACGGCGCUGUCUCGCUGUUUGGCAGAGGGGAACUUCACGGCGGCUACGGGUGUGGCUUCAAACGUGAUAAAUCUCAACGCGGGGCAGAGAAUGCGUAACAGCAAAACGGAAUAAAAAGCACCAAAAAAUACAGACAACCAGCAGCAAAGACAAACAUCCUCAGAAGAAGAAGAAGAAGAAGAAGAAGUGGUGAGUGUGUCCGGUACUCGGGCAGCGGCUACGGCGGCGGCAGGAAUCUGUGAGCUCCGUUUUCAACAGCUGGAAUACUUUUUUUUUGGUUGUUUUUUUUUUGUGCUCAACUUCGUGCCUCAUUUUCGUGUUUUCAACCCUAAUGUAAGGACUAAAGCUAAAACCUACCACGAGAGAGAGAGAAAAAAGUUUGUUUUUGGUCGCUGGACAACUUCACUACCGCAAAAAAAUCCCCCAAAACCUCCACAAAUGCAAAACAACUGACUGAAGCAACCGAGCGAGUGUUUGGGAAUUUCGUAAAUUAGCUAGAAACCCAAGUUCACAUCGUUAAAGGAAAUAGUUUGAUUUUUUUUUUUUUUUUUUUUAAUGAUUUUCGCUCCGUAACUGCACCGUCACAUUUGUCGCCAAAAGAAAAAGGGAAGUCGCCUUACUUAACUUAAAAAAAAAAAAAGAAGAAGAAGAAGAAGAAGAAAAAAAGGAGGGGGUUCGGACUGAGCCGUGAAUUAUUACUAUUUUUUUCCCAGGUGAUAUUUUGCCACUAAAGCAGCAGACCUGAAGCGUGCACUGGGAACCAUGGGUUGUACGGUUAGUCAGGAAGACAAAGCCGCGGCCGAGAGGUCAAAAAUGAUUGAUAAAAACCUGAGAGAAGAUGGAGAGAAGGCGGCCAGAGAAGUGAAACUGCUGCUGCUGGGUGCUGGAGAGUCAGGGAAGAGCACCAUUGUGAAGCAGAUGAAGAUUAUUCAUGAGGAUGGAUACUCAGAAGACGAGUGUAAGCAGUACAGAGCAGUUGUCUACAGCAACACAAUCCAGUCCAUUAUGGCCAUCAUCAAAGCGAUGGCCAACCUCAAGAUCGACUACGAGGAACCUGCUAGAGCGGAUGAUGCCCGCCAACUGUUUGCGCUGUCAGCAGCGGCAGAAGAGCAGGGCAUCCUGCCAGAGGACCUGUCCAACGUCAUCCAGCGACUGUGGGCCGACGGUGGCGUCCAGAGCUGCUUCACACGGGCCCGAGAGUACCAGCUCAAUGACUCUGCAGCCUACUACCUUAAUGAUCUGGAGAGGAUAGCAAAGCCUGACUACAUCCCCACACAGCAAGAUGUGCUGCGAACUCGUGUCAAGACCACCGGCAUUGUGGAGACACAUUUCACCUUCAAGGACCUGCACUUCAAGAUGUUUGAUGUUGGAGGCCAGCGGUCAGAAAGGAAGAAGUGGAUCCACUGCUUCGAAGGAGUCACAGCCAUCAUCUUCUGUGUAGCCAUGAGCGCCUACGACCUGGUCCUGGCUGAGGAUGAGGAGAUGAACCGGAUGCAUGAGAGCAUGAAGCUGUUUGACUCCAUCUGCAACAACAAGUGGUUCACAGAGACGUCCAUCAUCCUGUUCCUCAACAAGAAGGACCUGUUUGAGGAGAAGAUCGCCCACAGCCCUCUGACCAUCUGUUUCCCUGAAUACACUGGUCCCAACAAGUACGAGGAGGCCCAGGCUUACAUCCAGACCAAAUUCGAGGACCUGAACAAGAAGAAGGACACCAAGGAAAUCUACACCCACUUCACCUGUGCCACCGACACCAAGAACGUGCAGUUUGUGUUCGAUGCAGUCACCGACGUCAUCAUCAAGAACAACCUGAAGGACUGUGGCCUCUUCUAAAAACAAGUCUGAGAAAGAGUCAAGAUUACUUGAACAGUUCUGAUGAGCAUAAAGAUGGGGGAAUAUUCACACAUCAUAAAUGACUGCACUGGCCAACCACAAUUUCUGCUUUGAUCUGCUUUUUAUAAAGACAUCUAAGAGACUGAAAACCUGACGAGCCUUGCAGAUUUUCAACGAUUGCUGAUCCAGUUGCUCAUAUUGUUAACUCUUUGGGCUAUGACCACAAAAAUCAACAUUUAUUAUUGUAUUUUUGUUCAUUUUUUUUCUUCUUUAUUUUCAAUUACUAGAGGAGGGAAAGGAAAAGUUUUUUUUAUAUAAACGCAUUCAUUUUACUUUUAGAGAUUCUGAUGUGCAAAUUAUUAAACUUUUAAUCACAUGAAGCUUAUUUUUUAAGAGAUGAAGCACAGGCAUGGACAUAAAAUAUGAUUGAUAAAAGGAAAGUGCUUUCUUCUUUUUUUUUUUUUAUAAUGUUUACAUCAGUUCAUCAUUCAUAGCCAAACCGUAUAUUGUUCUGCAUGACUCAACAUUGCAAAUAUUAGCUCUGUAAUCUGCACAAAUUAUCUAACAUUCCUACAAAAUAAAAGUUAAAAAAAAAAAAAAAAAGUUGAAAAGUUGAAAAAUGACAAAAAUCGCUUCACCUGCAGGGGGAAAUUUUGGCGAAAUUCUCACUGAUAUGUGUGUACCUAACAUUCUAUCACUUUUUAUAGUAUCAUUUCCAUGUCUGUUGCAGUAUGUUUGUGCCUUGACUUCUGUUUACAACCAAUUCCUAGAUAUGCUUUUAGUACUGUUUGACCUACUGUGCGCCUAAAUUUUUUUCUUCCAUUUUUAUGCCUAGCACCUAUGAAUAUAUAGUGAUUAUUAAUGAGAGACGAAAAUCUAAUUCAGAAAAAGGUUAGUGUUUUUUGGUAAAUAUUAAAAUGCUUUAAAAGUGCUAUAUGAUUUAAUUUAAAUAAAAGUAGACAUCACCUGA